AUGUUCCUGAUUGCUUUUUACAGCCCUGUGUUCCAUACAAAUAGCAUCAACUCCUACUUUCCGCCUAGCCAAUGGAUCCACUCUCAACACCAUGUCGUCGAGAUCUUCACCAUCUUCCACCCCGCCUAUCAAGUCAUCAAGCACUGGCGCGCCCAACGCCUCGCUGAGAAGCGAAAAUGGGAUACAUCUUCCCUCGCAACGACCAUCUCCGUGCGUCCACAGUCCAGAGGCUCGACCAUCGAACUCAUCGACCGCAACGCCAGCGUCGAGUACCUGCAGUCCGGCGACCGCCUCAUGACCAUGACAGCCCUCACGCGAGUGCUGAACGAGAACCCCGCGCCGCUGCAGGACUUCUCUCCGCGCCACGAUUUCUCGGGCGAGCAUAUUGCGUUCCUGACGAGGCUCGCGAAGCCAAAGGAUUUAUACCCUGUGGCCAAAAGCGAACAGGCCUACGACGCCGUGUUACGGUGCCAGCAACUCAAGAGCCUGGAAGACAUCUUCGAAACGCAGGGCCGCGCUGUCUGUGGCGAAGCAUCCUUUGAACCUGCGCUGCCGUUCUUUGAACCCCCCAAGACAGCGUCGUCGAGUCCGACUGAAGCGCCGGGGUGGUUGCAGUAUCAAGGGGGUGUUCCCGAGGAGUUCCAUGAGGGUGUUCUCGACGACGCGAAGAACCACAUUGAGAGUCUUGUAUUGACGAAUGUGUAG